AACUUGAAUCACCCGUAUCUUUCUUGCCCCUCUUUGUGAAAAGAAUUUAAAACAUUUUUGACCAAAGCCCUAAUAGUUAAAACUUGGGGAAGUACAGCCCCACCCAUCUUCCCCUAUUUUAAAAUCCUCAUGCUUGCAAAUUUUUCUUAGGUGUCAGGACCACCAAAAACCAAGAAAAACGCAAGAAUCUCUCUCCUCAGAAGUUGUAGAGAGAGAGAGAAAGGGGGAGAGAGAGGGAGUUGUUUAUAUGCUGGAAAUGGUGAGGCAGUGAGUCAAGCGAACAACUUAGCUGGCUGGCAGUGGCAGCGGCAGACUCUCACAUCUUUGAUGGUUUCUUCUGUUUUGUAAGGACAUGAAGGGAGUAGGAGAAGAAGGUUUUAAUCCUAAUCCACCACAACUUCCAUGGACAAAACUGAGGAAUGUGAUAUCCCACUACACAACAACAACUAGACAACCAGUCCAAUGCAACCAAACACAAACUUCUGAUUCCGUUUUUGUACCAAACAGUAGACAGAGACAGCAGCAACAACAACCUACUCCACUAAUCAAACCCAAACAUUCCUCUAAACUGGCUCCUCCUACUUAUUCUCACACCUCCACCUCCUUCUCAUUCGUCUCCAUGCUUCUUGUUCUCUUACUUCUUGUUGCUUCUUCUUCUCUCUUUACUCCUGCAUUGUCCCACCCAGUUGUCUCGGAUUCCGGCCUACCGCGCCCCUCCCCGGCCAAUCGGACUUUUCGGACCAGCUCGGAGAUCAACAAGUUGAGGGGGUUCCAAGUCCAAUCAUAUUUAAAGAAAAUCAACAAGCCUGCUGUCAAGACUAUUCAGAGUCCAGAUGGUGAUGUGAUAGAUUGUGUUUUAUCUCAUCUCCAACCAGCUUUUGAUCAUCCUGAGCUCAAGGGGAAGAAGCCAUUGGAGGAACCAGACAGGCCCAAAAGCCAUAACAGCACAGAUCAAGUAGGUGAGAGCUAUCAGCUAUGGACAGACUCAGGUGAAUCAUGUCCACAAGGAACAGUACCGAUCCGGCGGACCGGAGAGAAAGACAUUUUACGAGCAAGCUCCAUCAGAAGAUUCGGCAGAAAGCCGAGAAGACAUGUGAGGAGAGACUCCUCAGGCAGUGGCCAUGAGCAUGCAGUUGUGUUUGUAAAUGGAGAUCAGUACUAUGGAGCAAAGGCCAGCAUCAAUGUGUGGACGCCACGUGUCACUGAUCAGUAUGAAUUUAGUUUGUCUCAGAUUUGGGUUAUCUCUGGUUCUUUUGGCCAUGAUCUCAACACCAUUGAAGCUGGAUGGCAGGUUAGCCCAGAGUUGUAUGGAGAUAAUUACCCAAGAUUCUUUACAUACUGGACAACAGAUGCAUAUCAAGCAACUGGAUGCUACAACUUGCUUUGCUCUGGAUUUGUCCAAACAAAUAAUAAAAUUGCAAUUGGGGCAGCAAUCUCCCCAAGGUCCUCUUAUGGUAGCAGACAAUUUGACAUUGGCUUGAUGGUUUGGAAGGAUCCAAAGCAUGGACAUUGGUGGCUAGAAUUUGGAAAUGGCCUACUGGUUGGAUACUGGCCAGCAUUCCUGUUCAGUCACCUGAGGAGCCAUGCAAGCAUGGUGCAAUUUGGGGGUGAAAUCGUAAAUAGCAGAUCUAGAGGGUACCACACAUCGACACAAAUGGGGAGUGGACAAUUUGCAGAAGCAGGGUUUGGAAAAGCAUCUUAUUUCAGAAACUUGCAGGUUGUGGAUUGGGAUAACAAUUUGCUCCCACUAGCAAAUCUCCACCUCCAGGCUGAUCACCCUAAUUGUUAUGAUAUAAGACAGGGAAGAAAUAAUGUGUGGGGAACUUACUUUUACUAUGGAGGUCCUGGAAGAAAUGUGAGGUGUCCAUGAAUAUAAUAACAGCAUAGUAAUUUUUGUUUAUUUUUCUUAUUUCUUGUGUUUAGGUAUUUGAUUAUUUUUUCUUUAUAGACCAUAUAGGAAGAGUUUCUUGUGUCUGGACGUCCGUAUAGGGCACCAAACACAAAAGGACGAGUAAGACCAAGGGUGCUUUGGGUGUGUAGUUUGACUAUCCACACUUGAGAAUUUAUCAACGGCAGAGUUUGUUC